AUGCAGAAGCCAUGUGGCAAGUUUCUAUUCCCUGUGACCACUGAACAGGUAGUAAAGCCCUGCUCAAAAGCCAGUGGGGGACUCCAGAAAGUGAUUGGUUACUUUGGCCUCACUGCUCUCAUUUUGAUAGUAGGGGGCUUGAACAUGAGUGUUGCUGACAUCCAUGAGAUCAUCUUUGAUCAUCUAGCCAGCUAUUACAUCCAGACUGAGAAAAGCAAAGUCGAUCUGAAUUUGGCAUUUUCUGGAUGUAUGAUGUUAUCCUCAUCGCCCAAGUUUGAUAUUGCUACUCUACAAUCACUCUCCAUCAACAAAUGCAAUGGGGCAGCACCUCGUGGUAUAUGUGACAUAUGCGAGGUUCUUGAAGCCAUCAAUUCAAUUCCCGGAGCCCACAAACAAACAAACUCUGAAGCAAACCUUGUGCUUGAUCUUGUAAGAGCCAAGCAUGAUGUUUUCCUGGCUCAGAAGGCACUUGCAGAUUGUGUUAUACAGGAAAAUGAGGUGUUUGCAAGCCUGCUUAAAGUUCGCACAGCAGCCGCAGAGAAGAACAUAGAUGAGACAGACAUUGGGCUGGGAUGUAUGAGAAUCAUAUUCAAAGACCAUGGUUGA